AUGAAUCCAGCUUACAAUGAAGAAGACCUUCCUGACAUAAAAGGUUCAUCCCCUCUGCCAAUAAAUAUCCCAAAGCAGCCAAGUCAAUUAGGCCAACAAAUGUGCAUAAAAUGCUCUAAAUCUUAUGAUAGCACUGUUUUCAAUAUUGAAUGCCCAAACCAUAAAUUAUGUAUUUCCUGCAGAGCACAAAAUCCGGAUAGAUGUCUCUUUUUCGGGUGCAAUAGACUUUAUAACGAAAAAGAUAAGCAAAUAAUUUAUGCUUACAUUAAAAAAAUUGAUGAAAACUACUUUACAUGUGACCUAUGUGGAGUAAAGAAGCCAAAAUUUAUGAGAAAAAUUAAUGAUCAGUGUGACUGCAAUGUUUGCUUGAUGUGCUCUAUUGGUGAUCCAUAUGAAUGCGCUUAUUGCUGUCAAAGAUCAUCUGAAAUCAUAAUAAGUGAUAUCAAAGGAAUUGCAUGCAGUAAUUGCGAAACACUAUUAGACAACCCAGAAAAACUGCGCACCCACAAUUGCUAUGUUGGCCAUUAA